AUGGAACAGAAGAAUGAAACCUCAACUGACUUUAUCCUCCUGGGGCUCUUUCCCUGGUUCAGACAUCCCUACCUCCUCAUUCUCAUUGUCCUCCUUAUCUACACUGUUGCCUUUACUGGAAACUCCAUAUUAAUCCUCCUCAUCUGGCUGGACUCCCAUCUCCACACCCCCAUGUACUUCCUGCUCAGUCAGCUCUCCCUCAUUGACCUGGCUUACAUCUCCAGCACAGUACCCAAAAUGGUCACCAACUAUUUCACUGGGAAGAAGAACAUUUCCUAUUUUGCAUGUGUUACGCAGCUCUUCUUUUUCCUCACCCUUGGCCUUGCUGAGUGCAUCUUGCUGACUCUCAUGGCUUAUGACCGUUAUGUGGCUGUCUGUAACCCCCUGCGAUACACAGUCCUCAUGAACUCCAAGGUCUGUCUCCAGAUGGCUGCUGCAGCCUGGAUUGGGGGAGUCCUUGCAGCCCUUGUUCACACCAUCUAUCCAAUGAAUUUCCCUAUCUGUGGUUCCAGGGAGAUUAAUCAUUACUUUUGUGAGAUGCCUGCUAUCCUGAGAAUGUCCUGUAUUGACAUAUCAGCCUAUGAGAUGGUGAAAUUUGUGUCAACCAUUGUAUUUCUCCUGGUCCCAUUUAUCUUCAUCCUGACCUCCUACACUCUCAUCUUCCUCACUGUUCUCAGGAUGAACUCUAGCAAGGGCAGGAACAAAGCCCUGGCCACCUGCUCCUCCCACCUGACAGUGGUGAGUCUUUACUUUGGUCAGGCCAUCUUCAUCUACAUGACACCCACCUCAUCCCACACACCUGAGCAAGACCAGAUUGGAGCUGUUCUUGGCACCAUAGUGACCCCCAUGCUCAACCCACUCAUCUACAGCCUGAGGAACAAAGAAGUGGUGGGGGCUCUGAGGAAGUGCAUGGGAAGGUGUUACAAUUGA